GAAAAAUAUUUAUUUAUUUUAUUCUAUUUAUACUUUUAUACAUAAUUAAUAAAGAAAUUCAACAUAAUAUAUUAUGAGGUUAUAAUAUUUUCGAUAUUUUCGCCAUCUGCAGCUAAUACAAAUACCGAUAGUAUCUAUACUUAAAUAUGAUCAACAUUAAAAAUUUUUUUUUAAUAUACAAAAAUAUAUAGAAAUACUAGAAUUUUCAAUAUUAAAUUAUUAUAUAAUAAGAAAAAUAUAAACAAUUUUAAAAAUAACCUUAAUUGUUUUAAGCCAUAACUAUCAUUAUAACACAUAUAAUAUAAUAUAAUAAAUAUAUAAUGCAUUAUUUGUUAUUUUUUAAUUGUUAAUAUUAUAUAUUUUUAAUUAAAAUAACAGUAUCUUUAAUGUAAUUACAAAUUGUUUUCUAUAUUUUUAAUAACUAUUAAAUUUUAUUAUUUUUUUUUAUAAUCAUAUAUUUAUUCUUUAAUUUAUAUAAUAAAUAACAAAUUUUUUUCAUUAUAAAUGUUUUCUAAAAAUAUUUUUUAAUAAAAUAAAAAAUUGUGAUUUAGUAUAAAAAUAUUUAAAUUUAUAGAUAUAUAAAUAAUUCACACAUGCAUAUACGCCUUAAGGUUAGUUGGAAGUGGAAGAGUCAGCGUUCAGCCAUUGCAAAUUGCAACUCUGUUCCGAAGACGCGUUGUGCGCGAAUGAUUUAUUCCACUUAAUUAUUUAAUUAAUAGAAUUAUUAUUUUUUGUUUGAUAUCGUUAGAACCAUCUAAUAAAACAGUGAUAAUCAUGAGCGAUCGACCAAGUAAUGGUGAAUUUAAGUAUAAAAGAGAUGAAAACUCUGAUUCGGAGGCAAAAACAUCGUCGGAAAAGGAACGUGAUGAAAAGAAGUAUCAAGUUGACAAAGCCGGAGAAUAUGUUCGAGAACUUUUACAAGAAAAAGUUGAAUUGGAUUCGCAGAAAUGGCCUAAUGCAACGAGACUAAUUGAUCAAGAAAUUCAAAAAACUCAAGCUAUUGGCAAACCAGUAAGGGAUCCGAAAUAUGUGGAUAUUUAUCGUGAAAAACCAAUUCGAGUUUCGGUUAAAGUAUUGGUGCCCGUUCGGGAACAUCCAAAGUUUAAUUUUGUUGGAAAAUUAUUGGGACCGAAAGGUAAUUCUAUGAAACGUUUGCAAGAAGAAACAAUGUGUAAAAUGGCAGUAUUAGGAAGAGGAUCCAUGAAAGAUCGUCAAAAAGAAGAAGAAUAUCGUAUGUCUCUGGAUCCGAAAUAUGCUCAUCUUUCGGACGAUUUACAUGUUGAAAUAACAGCGCUUGCACCUCCGGCGGAAGCUUAUGCUCGUAUUGCAUUUGCGUUAGCCGAAGUUCGGAAAUAUUUGAUCCCAGAUAAUAAUGACAAUAUACGCCAAGAGCAAAUGCGCGAAAUGGAAAUGAAUAUGGCAGAUGAUCCAACGAGUAAUGACGAUAGAAGACCUUCUACCAGAGGUGUACCAGGUGCUGGUGGAAUAUUAAGACCAUCCACAAGACCAACAAUGCAACGAUCUUCCCGAGCGGCAAUACUUCCACCGCCUUCUAGUCGGGGGCCAAUCACACGUCCUGUAUCAGCAAAAAGUAAAGUUUUUUCUAUUUUAGAUCGUGCAAGAGUCGCCAUGGAUCAGAGUUAUGGUUAUGAAACUGCUACUCCGCCUCCAAGUAAUCGUGUUGGAACUCAUCAUGAUUAUGAUUAUCACACAUCAACGAGCAGUAGCAGCCGAUAUGGAGACCGACAUUAUACAUCAACGUCAGGAGAUGAUAUGUAUCCUUCCUCGAGGUACGCAACUUACGAAUACGAAGAUGAUUCUGUGCCACAUUCUUCUCACAAUUACUACGAAACAUCAGAAUAUCCAGGUGUAUAGAGGAAUACAGAAGAUUGUGUGGGAACGUUUUCAUGGAUUGAAAUAUUUUAAUCUCCUGUUUCUCUAUUCAGUGGAGUUUGAAGUGCCUUGAAAUCAUAUGGCGCAAGUUGCAGUUCGCUACCAAAAUGGCGUCUGUAAACGCGGUGUGUACGAAGUAAAUUGAAAUAUUUAUUCUGUUUUCUGUGUAAACGGUUUUAAUUAAUAUUUAAGAAUAGUUUAGAAGUAUCUAGAAAGUAAGUGGAGAUAAAGUGUAAAUUUUUAUUGUGUAUCAAGAUGAUUAGCGAAGUGAGAAUAACGUUUAACUUGCAUGGUUUGGCGCGCUUCAUCUAUUCACAGCUAUAGGUAUGUACUAUUUGAAAUCGACAUAUUGAUAUUUGAAGAUUAUUAGAAACAUAUAUUGUACAUUUGAAUUUUCAUAUUUUUAUGUUAAUAUUUUUGAAAUAAAUUAUUACAAAAUGAAAACUUUUGAACGAUCCUCAUAUUUUACAUUGACAAAUAAUUUAUUAUUUUAUAUACUUUGAUAUUUUGACGUUCGAAUUAGUUUUCAUUUCAAUUAUUUUUACAAUUUUAUGUAACAGAUUUUUUAUUUCUUUUCUUAAUUAUAUUUUUUUUUUAAUAUCAUAUUACUUUAUCGACUAUUAUUAAAUAUUUACUUUUUUUUUACAAAAACAAAAUAAUCAUUCAUUUCUAGUUUUUUUUUUUAAAUAGAUAAAAUAUUUUGUAAUUUUUUAAAAAAUUCAUUACCACAAAUUCUUGACUUAAAAUAUUAAAUCAUUAAAGUCCAUUUUAAAUGAUUAAAUAGGAUUGUACUGAACAUAAGUGUAUAAAUUGCUUAGAAACAAUAUUCUUAUUUAUUUAUCACACACCAAUAUACAAAAAUGAACUGUAUAAUCAAUAUCAGAAUAUAAUAUACUACGAAAUUCAAAUAUAUUUAAUAAAGAUAUAUCUGAGUAUCUUACAAGAUUAGAAUGAUGCUUCAACUUCGAACAAAAAUGGUCUACAACAUUCUUUGCAGUUGGCACAGAAAUUCUGGUAGAAAAACGUUUUUCUACGGUCGCUCUAAGGAUUAUAAAUAAGUAUUAAUUUACGGGACCUUACGUUCUAACAAGUCGCCUAAGUAUUCGUGAAUGAAAAUAAGGGGAUUCAAGGAUUUUUCUCUGUCUUUUUUCUCUAACUUUUUACCGUCUCUUUUCACUUUCAUUUUCUAACUAAACUCACGGCGUUGGUCUCGAUAUUCAAGGAAAAAUGUUUUCCUAUUUUCCAUAACUUCUUUUUUUCUGCUUCUUAAUUUUUUUUUUUUCAUUGAAGAAAAUUGCGGUCAAAGUAGUACGCAACGUCGUAAGGGGAAAAAAUGACGUGUUCGUCGUUGGAAAUAAAAUUUGUCGAUGCGAUAAAAGUCUGAUAACUAUUCGUAACUAGCGUUUGGUUGCUUCGAAUAAAGUUCGAUGGUGCGCGUCUCCGGUAAACGAAAAGUCUGGUGUGUGGCGCCAUCUACAACCGCGCUAGUACCUAUGAAAAAACAUGGAAUGAUAAUAGUAAUUUUAGUGUUUUUUUUUUUUUUUUUUCCCUCCUUUCGUUCUUGUCUUGUUCGGUUUAUGCCUUAGUAAUAUUACGAUUAUAUCACAAGAAAGAUUCAAAUACUCUGUACAUAAUAUCCCGGAACGCGAGACGUUCGAUCAGGUUUCUUAAUCUUACAUUUACAUACGCCUAAGAUUUAAUUACAAAGUUAGAUAUGUCUCAGGUUCACCUGGUAUUGUACUUCAACGCAAUUUCUCGUGUAUUCCACUCUGCGUUUCUUCCUAUCUUUUCCCCUCCUUACACGAAACUUUUCGAGUAACCUCGAUACCAUUGAUCGAGAUCGUUUUCUUCUCUCACGAUACUUUCUUUCGUGAUUCUCACGAAAUAAAAGUUCGAAACUUAUUUUCUUCUAAAAUUCGAACGAUGUUCGUUCGAUUUAGAUAUUUUCGGCUACUCGCUUCUAAUCGUCGAUAGAUCUUACAUUUCUAAACUCGAUAUCGUUAAUUGGCACAUCUCAAAUGGCAACUUUCGUAUUGGCACGAUUAAAAUGAUCCUUAGAGUUUUUGUCUUCUUUUUCCUUUUUUUUUUCUCUCUCUCUCUUUUUCUCAAUUUGUCGACACCGAUGAUCGCACACACGCUGUAUGUGAACAGAAUUUUUAGAGAAAUAGUAACAAGGAGCAAAAUAUGCAAUUAAAAAUUACCCAUUUGUUAAAUUCGCUUUCGAGGGUUAAAUUUUUUAGAUUAACAAUUAGAUGAAUCCAUGUAAUUGCAUUAAUGAGGCAAUUGGCACAAACGAACAUAACUCAAUCGAUGUCGUUGUUCAAUAACGAUUUACGAAAUUAUAUAUGUCACUCGUUUAUUCGAUCUAUCCGGUCAUACCGUGAUAUUAUAUUGAAUUUAUGCUACAAAUCUAUGAAACAUUACAUUACACGAAAUGGAUCAAUCGAGCGUAAUAACAAAGCAUCGAAAUAUUGUCCGAGAAUUGCGACUUUAAGCAUAACGGUGAUCAUAAAAGAUUCUCGAUUGAAAUCAUCGUUCAACUGAUCGAAUCGCUAAUAGAAAGUGCUUGGAGAGCGUAAUUCGCACGGUCAUGUGUCAUCAACUAUUCCAGCUAUUCGAGAAGAAAAUCUUUACGUGGAAUGAAUCGUGAAUCGAACUCGAUCGAAAUUCGAGCAUAUGGAAAACUAUUAUCGUAUCGUAAAUUCCUAAUUCGCUACCACGGAAUCGUUCGAAAACUCGGUGUCGUCGUGAUGAAUCUGAAUAUAACAAUCGGUCAUUGCGAUGAACAAACGAUUAUUGGAAUGAUCGUUCAUCGUCCUUCGUUAUUUUGAUUUAAAUAAAACUUGCUCGGCUAUUUAAUAGAUAAAGAUUCUAAAUUAAUACUUUUUUUUUCUUAGCCUCGGACGGCUGUUGCACGUGUGAAUUCUCACUUUUUUUUCUUUCUUUUUGUUCGUUGUGACACCUUUUUUUUUUUAAUCUCGCACGACGCGAUCGAGAUCGAGCGUAUGCUCUUCUACAUUCUCGAUGGAUAAUUGAUUCGCAGAUAUUCUAACGAGAGCUUAAAGGAUAUAAUAAUAUAAUAUAAAACAUAAUUUCAUGACCGAGUCCACAAUUAGAAGUUUUAUGUUAAAUCAUGGAUAUCGUAAAUUUAUAUUUGAAAAAAAAUAAUGUUUAUUUAUGUUUACGAGAAAACACACAACACGAAUAUGAAUAUGGAACGAUCGUUGUAUACGUGUUCACAUUUAAAUGUUAAAUUAUUCCACGCGUGAUGGACUCGAUCAAUCAUAGAAGUGUGGUCCAUAAGACGCAAGCGGAUUUACAAUCGUUGUAAAAUCGUUAAAUUAUAAAUUGUACGCGAUAUAGAGAGCAAUAUAUCACUAUGCUGACAAUAUUAAUGCUUACGUAACAGCGUCGUAAUCGAUAUUUAUUGCGCGUAUGUCGGACGCUCGGUAAUGAGCAAAGAGUAGCAGAUGCUUGAGCAAUAUAUAAAUAGUCGAAAAAUUAUACGAAGAGAAAACAAAACGUUGGUGUUAGAACUGCUGUUUUCGUCGCUGUUACCUCUGUGCGCGCUCUCGAUUAUCGAUCGAUUCGCGAGUUACAAAGAGGGGACACAAAGAUCAAGGCAUUCGAAUACGAAAUAUAUCUUUCCGUAUUUCUCCCGUUAUAACAGUUAUAAUUUCUUCAAUUUCUUAGCCAUCGUUCGAAUUUUACAUCGUUAUUUAUUAUCGUAUAUUUCCCUAUUAUACAAUUAUUAUAUCGUGAAAUUUGUAAAAAUCACCGCGGCCGUUUUAAAAUCGAUUGCACAAACGUUUGGAGGUAUCGCUAAAAAAAGAACUAUCACAAGUAAUACGCAACGCGCGUAUAAACAUUUCGGGGGAUCGUUUGUUCGAAACGAUCGCACGUGAUAGAAAACGUACGACGAGAAAAGCAAGCGGGGGAAGACGCGAAUGGAAAAGUUUUCGAUCUCUCGCACGCCACGACGAUCGUAUAGAUCCCGUCGAAUCGAUCGAUACGUUCCUUCUUCUCCUCGGCACAGGCGCGUUCUCAAACUGAAUUGAAACAGGCAGUGGAAAGAACAAACCGAUAACAGUCACUCUUAAUCGAGAGCACGUUCUCGUUGUUGAUAAACGUAACCGUAGAAUCUCGCGUGUAGUUUCUUCGAAACUGCGAUACACGUAGGUAUCGUGUCCCGACUGUCGUCGAUCCAAGAGGGAAUGAAGCAUAGUAAUAUCUUUUCGUUUAUUAUCCCAUUGCCGAUCGUUUCGACUCUCUCGAUCUUGUCCUCGACGAAGCUUGUUGAGCGAGGCUCACCACGAGGCUCUCGUUCGAUUUAAUCGACUAACAGAGAUUGCACAUUUCUCGUGACUUCUUUGUCAUUCAUUUACCUAGAACACUUUCGACCAGCCAACCUCAGCGAACACGGAUAUCCGCGAGCACGUAGGCCUCGAGGGUAGAACAGAUCUCUCUUCCUCUUCCCUAUAUUUUUUCCUCUAUAUAUUUUCCCCACUUUCUUUUUUUCUUUUUUUUCUUUUUUUUUUCUUUUUUUGAUUAUUACAACGGAGCUCGUGGGUGGAGCGCGGACAUACGUGUCGUCUCAGUGGUCCAUCAGAAGCUGUUCGCGAUAUUAGGAUAGAGAAAAAGAAAAG